CACUGGAGUGGAGACGCACAACGAUUAGUCGAUUUUUAACAAUGUGUUCAACGAGCCUAAAACGGAGAGUGUUUUAAGUUUGUUCUGUAAUAGAGGAAGCGCAUACCUUGUUCAAAAAACUGUCGAAGUAGCUUCCAUUUGUUCAGCGUUUUUGUGUGCAGCCUGCCAAUAAAACCACAGAGCUCACUCCGCGAGCGGUUUGUGCUUUUGGACGUUUUACUUGUACUACUCUCACCAUGGAGUACACCUCUUCCCCGAAGCCACAGCUCUCCUCCAGGGCAAACGCGUUCUCGAUAGCCGCUAUCAUGUCAAGUGGAAAAACGAAGGACAAGGAAACGGAUGAAAACACCAUCAAGCCACUUGAACAAUUCGUGGAGAAGUCCUCCUGUAACCAAGGUUUGGGAGAGCUGUCUUCUCUAGAUGGGCACGGAGAUUUCAGCGGGAGCGCGCCUCCAGUGUGCACAGAGCCGCUGAUCCCCACCACCCCCAGUGUUCCCAGCGAGGAGAUGGCCAAAAUUUCCUGCAGUUUAGAGACCAAGGAACUCUGGGACAAAUUCCAUGAUCUCGGCACUGAGAUGAUCAUCACAAAAUCCGGAAGAAGAAUGUUCCCCACCAUCCGUGUGUCCUUCUCGGGGGUGGACCCGGACGCCAAAUACAUCGUGCUGAUGGACAUUGUUCCGGUCGACAACAAACGCUACCGCUACGCCUACCACAGGUCGUCCUGGCUCGUGGCGGGCAAGGCGGACCCUCCUCUGCCUGCACGGUUAUACGUGCACCCUGACUCUCCUUUCACUGGGGAACAGCUGCUCAAACAAAUGGUGUCUUUCGAGAAAGUAAAGCUCACCAACAACGAACUGGACCAACAUGGACACAUCAUACUAAACUCCAUGCAUAAGUACCAGCCCCGGGUCCACAUCAUCAAGAAGAAGGACCACACCGCCUCCCUUCUCAACCUCAAGUCAGAGGAGUUCCGCACCUUCGUUUUCACUGAGACUGUCUUUACCGCGGUCACAGCCUACCAGAACCAGCUGAUAACCAAGCUGAAGAUCGACAGCAACCCGUUUGCGAAAGGCUUCCGAGACUCCUCCCGACUGACGGACAUGGAGAGGUACAGGGAAUUUUAUGUCCUUGCCUGUUUGGAAAGUGUUGAGAGUUUGAUCCACAAGCACUCGUACGCACGGUCACCAAUACGCACCUACGCAGGUGAGGAGGAGACACUGGGGGAUGACGGCCAUGCCGCACACAGGGGUUCUGCGUUCACCGCCUCUGACAACCUCUCCUUGAGCUCCUGGGUCACCGCCACCUCUGGUUUCUCAGGCUUCCAGCACCCCCAGUCCCUCUCUGCCAUGGGCUCCAGCAGCACCUCCAUGGCCAACCCCUUGCCCCACCCCAUGCAGGGCUCCCUGCCCCCCUACAGCCGGCUGGGCAUGCCCCUGACGCACUCAGCCCUGGCGGGCACCAUGCAGGGCAGCGGGCCCUCCUUCCCCUCCUUCCACAUGCCCCGCUACCACCACUACUUCCAGCAGGGCCCCUACGCUGCCAUUCAGGGACUGCGCCACUCCUCCACCGUCAUGACCCCCUUUGUAUGACUCCCUCUGGGGUGACUGCCUGGCCGAGUAGCCCCUCAUCAGCUACAACUACGUUUAUAGACACACCUGCACACACAAGUAGAUAAACUCACCGAUCUGUCCCCUUCAGCAUCAUCGCCCAUCGUCACCACCAUGUCCUUGUAAAUAAUUAGCCCCUUUGCCGAGGCGACUGACUGGACGACCUGGAGAGGCUGCCUGGCUGCUGUCCUGCAUGCUGACAGCUGAACCGGAGAGGAAACAGACUCCUACGGGACCUGAUGGAACAGACACAGAGACCCACAGACUGAUAUGAACACUAGAUAUGAACACUAUUGACCUGCAUAUGAACAUUUACGACCCAGAUAUGAAAACUGAUGAUCCAGGUAUAAAAAAAUAAAUCAACAACAGAGAUGCUGAGGAAUGAUGACCAUGCAUAGUGAUGCGUUGUGGGAAAUAGGUCAUGGUCUGCUUGUGAUGACUGUCGUUUGCCCCUGCCCUCCAACUGUUGGUCACAAUGUUCAUUUUGCACCCACUCUCCAGAUAAGCAUGGACAGGAGAACCAGUGAACUGUCUGGCUUACGGACAUUAAAACCAGAGGGUGUGGUAAUUGUUCGUUCUCUCACAGCUUCUGAGGAAAAUGAAGAAUACGGGACUCCAAAAGUUACGGGCGUGCACAAAUUCCAAUCCUGGGCACCGCUUGUGGCCACAGAGGAGAACUGUCUUCACUCCAGCUGCUGGGGCAUGGAGGAAUGGGAGCCAUUUUUGACUGAGUCAGGCAGGUUGGCUGUUGCCAUGGUAGUCAGAUUUGUGCACAUAGAUGCCCUAGAGACAGAGAGAAGCCAAUUGUUUCUUUCCCAUCUAUAAAGCCAGCCAUGUGUACAGUGAAGACGUUAUAGUGGAAGAUGAUCAUGUUUGAUAGCAGUACAUAAAUAUAUCCACACUACACAAACACACACACAGGACAGAAACUAUAAGACGAAUGUCACAUGACUGUGUCAUAUCAUAGGACGCAUGCUGCUGCAACAGAUAACACAGAAAACAUUUUUUUUUUAAUCCUGACCCUGACAGGGUCUCAAACUACUUUGUCAGUUUCCUUUGUCAUCCAAAAAGCUUAUAUUCACCUCAUACCAUUUUAUGUACUGCAUCCAAUUAGAUUUGUGAGGUCAAUGAAAAGAGAUGUUAGUUCAUGUCUCAAGUGUGAAUGGGCCCUAGAAGACCUCUGGAGGACCUCUCUGUCAAAGUCCCAGAGCGUUAAAAUCACACUACGUCGUCACGGAUCCCCAACACCAGUGGAUUGUCUUCUCUAACCAAUCAGUGGCAAAUCAGUCAUGUAUCAAUGAAGUACCAAGAGGGAGAGAAAACCUGCAGACUCUGCAGCCCUGAAAGGCUAAGAUGGACUUUCUCUUGCUAUAUUGGCCAGAAGCCUGAUUCAGUACCUAACCAAUACCUAACCUCUGGCGCCACACUAUCGCCUGAUUACUGUAUCCUGAUCUAUGUCUGCCUCAGGCUGUGUCGACACUACAGCACUCUGGGAGAAAGUCCACACCUGUAAAUAAUGACU